AUCGUGGAACUCUCAUUUUCUCUCGUCUCUCUUUCACUUCUUCGUUCCUCGAUCGUCUCCGUCCCCGUUCUCGUUGCUUCAUUUUCAGCGAGUUGAUUUGGUACGAGCGUUAAUCAAAUGGUUGGAGGAGGAGUUAUCCAGCAAAUUCUAAGGAGGAAGCUUCACUCCCAAUCAGUUGCAACUCCGGUCCUAUCGUGGUUUUCUUCGAAGAAAGCUCAUGAGGACGCUGGGUCGUCUGGUGUAAGAGCACUUGCCCUCUUGGGUGCUGGUGUUACAGGACUGUUGAGUUUUUCUACAGUAGCAUCUGCUGAUGAGGCCGAACAUGGAUUGGAGUGUCCAGACUACCCUUGGCCUCAUGAUGGCAUUCUCAGCUCAUAUGACCAUGCUUCGAUCCGUCGUGGGCAUCAAGUUUAUCAGCAAGUAUGUGCAUCUUGCCAUUCGAUGUCUCUGAUAUCAUACCGAGAUUUGGUGGGUGUCGCCUACACAGAAGAAGAAGCAAAGGCGAUGGCAGCUGAAAUCGAGGUAGUUGAUGGACCUAAUGAUGAGGGUGAGAUGUUCACUCGUCCUGGUAAACUCAGUGACCGGUUGCCUCAACCAUAUCCCAAUGAAUCAGCUGCAAGGUUUGCUAAUGGUGGAGCUUAUCCUCCUGAUCUAAGUCUUAUCACUAAGGCACGUCACAACGGUCAAAAUUACGUCUUUGCUCUUCUGACGGGUUACCGUGAUCCUCCUGCUGGCAUUUCGAUAAGAGAGGGAUUACAUUACAAUCCUUAUUUCCCUGGUGGAGCAAUUGCUAUGCCGAAAAUGCUUAAUGACGAAGCUGUAGAGUAUGAAGAUGGUGUCCCUGCCACAGAGGCACAGAUGGGUAAAGAUGUUGUGUCAUUCUUGUCUUGGGCAGCUGAACCAGAAAUGGAAGAGAGGAAAUUGAUGGGAUUCAAAUGGAUAUUCCUACUCUCUCUCGCUCUGCUCCAAGCAGCAUACUACAGGCGACUGAAAUGGUCGGUCCUCAAGUCUCGCAAGCUGGUUCUCGACGUGGUGAACUAAAGCGCCGCAUAGUAAGCUUUUGCAGUGGCUACACAGUCGUUUUUUCAACAAUGGAUCUUAAAAAAGAGAAGAGCCUUUCUCUGGGUAAUAACGUAUCUCCAUUUUUAUGUGUCAUAAAAAUCUUUGAUGGGACCCGUUCUCGCCGGAAGGUGGAAAGACCUCACUCAUCAUCUUUCUUCUUUUUCCUUGGAUUAUCACUAGAGUGUUUAUGAGGAUAAUAACGAAAAAAUAUUCUACCUCGUAAUCAAACAUGAUUUUGAGAUUAUACAUUUUGAUUUGUUUCCCAUACCGGUCUGGUUUAUCUUUCCUGUUUGUCUCAAUAAAAAGAAUUAUCUUUGUACUCAA